AUGACCACUCUUAACAACAUACCUGUGACAUCCCUUCUUCAGAAACUCAGUGAAGUCAAGGAACGGCGUAUCAUGAAUGCUGAGAUUGAAAAACUUCGUUGGCGUCUCAAAGAGGCAGAGGAACGUCAGUCUGUUUUCCAACAAAUUCGGCUGGAGCGCCGAGUCGCGGAGAAGUUGCGACUUCAACAGCAGGAGUCGACCACACUCCUGCCAAAUGGACUCAUCCAGGCCGCAGCGGAUACAACCGGCUCGAACAAUCACGGUGCGUUUCUCUUGCCAGCGUUCUAG